UGUAGAUCCUGGACAGAUGCUGGAACCUGUUGCCCGGCUCCAGCAGCAGCGCGGUGGAUUGGGCCUUACCUCAGCAGCAGGGAGUCGCCGCUGGAAAGGGGCUCGGCGCCCGGCGGGGACUGCAGGCAAUGACUCAGGAUGCAGCCAGCAGCCACAACGUGCACAGAGGACCGCAUCCAGCAUGCCUUGGAGCGAUGCUUGCAUGGACUGAGCCUUGGACGCCGUUCUGCACCCUGGUCAGCUGGACUGUGUCUGAACUGCUGGAGCCUACAGGAGCUGGUCAGCAGGGACCCAGGCCACUUCCUCAUCCUCCUGGAACAGAUCCUACAGAAGACCCGAGAGGUCCAAGAAAAAGGCACCUAUGACCUCCUCGCCCCACUGGCUCUGCUUUUCUAUUCCACCGUCCUUUGUACACCACACUUCCCACCGGAUUCAGACCUCCUUCUAAAGGCAGCCAGCACCUACCACUGUUUCCUGACCUGGCCGGUUCCCUACUGUAGCAUCUGCCAAGAGCUGCUCACCUUCAUUGAUGCUGAGCUCAAGGCUCCAGGGAUCUCCUACCAGCGGCUGGUGAGGGCUGAGCAGGGCCUGCCCAUCAGGAGCCACCGAAGUUCCACGGUCACUGUGCUGUUGCUGAACCCGGUUGAGGUACAGGCUGAGUUCCUGGCUGUGGCAGACAAACUGAGUGCACCUGGACAGUCACCACAUGGCGCCUACACCACCCUGCUCCUGCACGCUUUCCAGGCCACCUUUGGGGCCCACUGUGACCUCCCUAGCCUGCACCACAAGCUGCAGUCCAAGACGCUAGAAGAGCUCGAGGACAUUUUUGCCGAGACUACAGAAGCCCAGGAGCUGGCGUCUGGCAUUGGGGAUGCAGCAGAGGCCCGACAGUGGCUCCGGACCAAGCUGAAGGCAGUGGGAGAAAAAGCUGGCUUCCCUGGCAUCUUAGACACUGCAAAGCCUGGGAAACUCCACACGAUCCCCAUCCCUGUUGCCAGGUGCUACACCUACAGCUGGAACCAGGACAGCUUCGACAUCCUACAGGAAGUCCUUCUCAAGGAGCAGGAGCUGUUGCAGCCAGGGAUCCUGGGAGAUGAAGAAGAGGAGGAAGAAGAAGAGGACUUGGAGGUCAACAGACAUUCUGCCGAGAGAGACUCUCUACUCUCUACCAGCUCUCUGGUGUCUCACGACUCCACUCUGUUGCUUAGCUCCUCUCAGGCCCCAGGGCCAGUGCUGUCCCGCCAGGUCCUGACCACCUUCGUCUCAGGCCUCUCGGAUGGCGUGGACAGUGGUUACGUGGAGGACAGUGAGGAAAGCUCCCCAGAGUGGCCCAAGAAGCCCGGUAGGCAGCAACGCCAGGGUCACCGCAGGCCUGGGCAGAAGUUCAACAGGAUCUAUAAACUCUUGAAGAGCACCAGCCAGCUGGUCCUGCGGAGGGACUCUCGGAGUCUGGAGGGCAACUCGGACCCGUCUCUGCCCCUACGGCGGGCAGGGAGCCUCAGCGGCCCCUUGGACUGUCCAGCCCAGUUCCCCUCCAGGGCUCAGCGCUCCCGCUCCCUACCCCAACCCAAGCUCAGUACCCAACUACCCAGCUGGCUUUUGGCCCCGCCCUCACACCACCAGCGCCGCCGCCCCUUCCUCAGCGGGGAUGAGGACCCCAAGGCUUCCACACUACGGGUUGUGGUCUUUGGCUCUGAUCGAAUUUCAGGGAAGGUGGCUCGGGCAUACAGCAAGCUCAGGAGGCUGGAGAACAGUCACCCACUCCUCACACGGUUCUUCAAGCUUCAGUUCUUCUAUGUACCUGUGAAGCGAAGCCAUGGAGGCAGCUCCGGUGCCUGCCCAUCCUCUCUGAGCCAGACAGCUCCAGUUCCUGGAGACCCCUUGAAGCACCCCAGCCCUGCAGAGUUUGGCAUGGCCCCAUGGGAGGACAGUACCAAUGACAUUUCUCACUACCUCGGUGUGCUUGACCCCUGGUAUGAACGCAAUGUGUUGGGCCUCAUGUACUUGCCUCCUGAAGUCCUUUGCCAGCAGUCCCUGAAGGCGGAAUCUCGGCCCCUGGAAGGCUCGUCCACCCCGCUGCCCAUCCUGGCCGACAUGCUGCUCUACUACUGUCGCUUUGCGGCCCGCCCAGUGUUGCUGCAGGUCUAUCAAACCGAGCUGACUUUCGUCACUGGCGAGAAGUCCACCGAGAUCUUCAUUCAGUCUCUGGAGUUGGGUCACUCUGCGGCCACGCGUGCUAUCAAGGCUUCAGGUCCAGGCAGCAAGCGGCUGGGCAUUUAUGAUGACCGGGAGGCUGUUCCUCUAACACUACAGAUUAUCUACAGCAAGGGAGCCAUCAGUGGACGAAGCCGCUGGAGCAACCUAGAGAAGGUCUGUACCUCUGUCAACCUCAACAAGGCCUGCCAGAAGCCAGAGGAGCUAGACUCCAGCAUGGAGGCGCUGACGCUAACCCUGACAGAAGUGCUGAAAAGGCAGACCCCUAAGUCCAAAAAGGGCUUUAACCAGAUCAGUACAUCUCACAUCAAAGUGGACAAGGUGCAGAUCAUUGGCUCCAGCAGCUGUCCCUUUGCCGUGUGUCUAGACCAGGAUGAGAGAAAGAUCCUACAGAGCGUGGUCAGGUGUGAAGUGUCACCCUGCUACAAGCCAGAGAACAGCCAGCCACCCCAGCCGUCCUUCAGCCAGCCAGCACAGGCUGGUCCUGACCUGUGCUCCCUUCUCUGCCUCCCCAUCAUGACUUUCAGUGGUGCUCUGCCCUAGUGCAAUUCAGGACCAGGCUGCACAGGAAAGUGCAGUUUCUCCUGGACCACUCUCCAGGGCAGCUGCUCUCUGUGGAGAGCCCAAUUGUCCUGGCUUGCAUCAGGAUUCUGCUCUAGGCCCACCAGGGACUUGUGGCCAGUGGCAUCUGGAGCCUUGGAGAUCUGAUAAGAAAACAGGCAUUAGAGAGAGAGAGACCUGGCUGCCUAGCCAGAGAGUCCUCUGAGCAUUGGGAGAGGCAUAGCCGAGUGGCCCUGAAGAAAGUCUGAGUCUUGGAGUGGUGUAGAUUUCUUUUCCAAGCCCUUGGCUGGGUUCAUCUUUGGUUUGUCAAAGACUUGGGGACUCUGUCUAGAGGUCAGUCUCUCUAAGGCAUAGAGAGGAGGAAGACGGGUGUGACCUUUCUUCGUGGCCUCUGACACCAUCUCUAUCCUACCACCGCAAUCAGACACACUCUCACAAGCUUUCUCUCUCGAGUUCCCUGGAUCCCUUGAAAAACAGCACUAAUAUUCGGUCCAUUGCUAGGACCUGGUACAGUUUCUCUUCUGAGCCCCUUUCUGAGUCUCAGGACAAGCUUGGUUCCUUUCUAGCUAAACGACCAGAGGAAGUUAAUACAUUUCUUUGAGCCUCCGUUUCCUCAGUACUAGAGUAAAAGGGAAGUCAAUCCUCAAAGGGAGGGCCCUUGAAGAACCUUGCCCAGAGCCUGGCUCCUAGCAGCUGCCCGAGAAAGACUGGUGCCUUGCCCUCAGCUGCUGAUGCCCCACCUUUGACCUCAAGGACUUUCAUAACUUCAUGAUAGUCCCCGUUUGACCUUUCCCCACCUAUGGAUGAGGUAGAGCAGCAGUCAGGAAAGGCCACCUGGGUACAAAUCCUCCCCCAUUUCCCUAGCAGACUGGUCCUGGUGCCCUCACUUCCUCUCAGCUGUGCAACAGCUUCCGUCUUCAUGUGUUCUCUGGACGAGAUCUCGGGGGGAGCAGAGAGGUGAAUAUCAAAGGGAAGAGACAGGGCACUCAUGCACCGGGAAGGACUGGCACGCAAUAGGCCAAGACCCUGAAAUGUAAGCCUGCCGGACUGGAGGGGCUCAAAAAGUUGACAGAAUGGCUGGGGUGAUAAGGUGGCAGGCUGGACCAGGACUUGGGCUAGCACAGGCAGGUAAGGAACCUUGGGAGUUAAACAAGUUGCACAGAGAGUCCCUCUUCUGGCCCUCCAGAACUGUUCUGCUCCAAAGAUCUUGGGCUUAUAGGAGCCCAUGAAACUCCAGAGUGCUCAUGACUUGAGAGACUGUGGACAGAGCCACUGUAUCCUCCAUCCUAGCCGUCCACGUAUCUGCCGGGUUCUGGAACAGUGGCCAGCCAUGUAUUUCAGUGUACUUUAACUUGCUGUGUGAACGUGUUGUUCUACCAUAUGAUCAACAUGGCUUGAAUCAAUGAAUGGAAUUUAAUAUUAUUAUCAAAUAAAAUUGAU